AUGUUCUAUUGCUUACCCUUUAGAUACACCUGGGCUCUCGCCUGGACCUUGGUCCCGGUGGGAGCGCCUAUGGUCAUGCCCCAACUCCCUGAUUAUGCCCCCACUGGCGUGUUGGUCCGACGGCUCAGUGGUGCUGAGGAUGAGGCCUCUAUUCUGGGCAUGAUAUUUGGUGACUGUUCCUGUACCGGCAUCAUGGACUGCGAUACGGACACUCCAGGCACGUCUUCCUUGGAGGCCCCCUUGGACCUCAUCGUCUCGCUUCUACUCAUGCUAUACACCUUCAAGGCCCUCGGCUCGAUGUGUGACGACUACUUCGUCAUCGCCUUGGAGGGCAUCUCGGUCGCCCUCAGUCUCUCACCGGACGUGGCUGGUGCGACCUUCAUGGCCGCGGGGUCGUCCGCACCUGAGCUCUUCACUUCGGUGGUGGCCACCUUCUUCAUCGUUAACGAAGGUGGUGUUGGUACGAUCAUUGGCUCUGCUAUAUUCAACAUAUUGGUCAUCAUUGGUGCGACCUGUCUGUUUGCUGGACAGUCGCUGAAGAUAAACUGGUACCCUCUCGUAAGGGACACCAUUUUCUACGUCGUGGCCAUCCUAGAAAUGUCCCUUGUAUUGCUAGAUGAGGAAGUGGUCAUCUGGGAAGCCCUUCUUCUGGUGUGCUCCUAUAUAGUAUACUGCAUAUUUAUGAAGUACAAUGGGGCCAUUGCGGCCAAGGUCGGUGCCCGAGCCCAAGAGACAGAGGUCGGGCCGGUUGUCGCCUGUGGUGACAGUGUACCUAUCCCGGAGACCAACCCUAAGUCACCAGUGGUGAGUCCUCGACCAGUGGAUGGUGGUACUGGUGGUCUUGACUCCGAAUUACCGGUCCAGUUGCCCAACCAGACAGAGGAAGAGGAUCAGGCCCCGGGUACGAGGCGAGGGAGUGUGAGGCGGCACUCAUGUCGUGAGUCCGUGUAUUACCCUCCUUCCCGACGAGUGUCGUACCAUUACGGUGUGAACAAGUUCCGAAUGAAGAGCCGUACUGCGACCACCGAGCUCCAUCACUUCGGCUCGCAGGAUGGGGUUAUUGGAAGCUUUCGACCGUCACUGUCGUCCAUUCCUGCCUUUGGGUCGGGCCAGAGUGGUGACACUACGGCCCAAGUAGAUAAGGAAGAUGACGAGCUCAAAGGGUGGAGGAGAUGGUUGCGAGAUCCACUAUUGAUAUUCUGGGAGUACACCAUGCCUGGACCAUCCCAUUAUUGGAUCCUAUUUGGUCUGUCAAUAUUCUGGAUAGGGGCUUUGACAUACCUAAUGGUCGACGCCUGCAACAGGUUGGGUUGCCUGCUCAACCUCCCUUCGUUGGUCAUGGGCCUGGUCUUCCUGGCGGCGGGCACCAGCGUACCCGAUGCACUGGGCUCGAUAGCGGUGGCCAAACAAGGUGAGGGAGAUAUGGCCGUGUCGAAUGCCGUGGGCUCCAACGUGUUUGAUAUUAUGCUUGGCCUUGGCAUACCAUGGACGUUGAAGUUGGCGAUGGGGAAACAUGUGCUCUUCCCUGACGCCAAGGACACCUUACCGCAAUACAUAGCCAUUCUGGCAUUGGUUCUGUUGCUGUUCUUGGUGACAGUGAUUCUGAACAAUUGGGUCCUUAACAAGCAGAUGGGCGCCUCUCUCUUGGUCAUGUAUGCCGGCUAUGUUAUAUAUGCACUCGUUCGGGGUAGUAGUGAUGAUGCAUGA